AUGGCGGAUAUAUGUAGUCCGGGACAUGAACCUUAUAAGAUACUUGACCGACUACAAUUACGGUGCUAUCUACCACACGAAAUCGAGCGGAUCAGUGUUCUCAGGAUUACCGAAACAAAAACAUUCGAUGAAAUUGGACACCCAGUAAGUGGUGGUUUGUAUGAUUCGCGAUUGGGUCCGUUAGAGACAUUUGAUACCUGUGAAACAUGUCAUCAGCAAGGAACUUAUUGUCCAGGACAUAUGGGUCAUAUCCAGCUCGACGUUCCAGUAUUCAGCCCACUUUUAUUCGGUUUCACUUUUUCCUUAAUGAAUGGAACAUGUGUACAGUGCCACAGAUUAACGUGCAACUCAUCUGGUUUGCCAGCGAAACUGCUUCUAGCACAGCUUCGAGCACUGGACCUUGGUCUUGUUUCAAUCGCGCAAGAACUUGGUGGUUUUGUGAAAGAUCAUUUUUCUGCUGAAAGUGAGCCUGGAACUUUGCACGGAAAUGCACCAACCCUCUCAGAUGAAAUCAGUGCAUGCAAAGAACUGGACAACUUUCUUGAUAAAUUCAACGAGCAAAUAGGUGCAAACAUUGACAGGAACCAGUCUAUUCCUGUCAAAAAUGCUCUGGAGUUGCGAAGAUCGUUGAUUCGGAAUUUUUGUAAAGAACAGCUUUUUAAACGCCGAAGACGCUGUAAAUUGUGUAAUCGAAGUAAUGGAAUCAUUCGUAAUGAUGGUGGUCGUUGCAUUCUGAUUGAUUUUGGUGGUACGAGUAGCAUAAAAAGGCAUAAGCAGACGUCGCGUUUUGCAUCUAUUGAAAACAUUGGAAAUAUCGAUGGUCAAGAAGUUGAUGCUGAUCAGGAUAUGAAAACAGAGGAAGAUGAAAAAAAGUUCAGCAGUAACGGGACUGCUUAUGGAUUAUUAGCGAAUUCAUCAGAGCAAAUUUUGCGAGAGCAAAUGCAAUGGGUAUUAAAGGGAAAUUGCAAUAAGUUAGCUUGGAGAGGUGCUGAAGUGCGCGAACAUUUUCGUAUACUUUGGCAAAACGAUGGACCUCUGCUGAGGAAACUAUUCCCUGUAUUCGAUUCUAAAGACGACAAGCAUUGUCCUCUUGAUGUUCUGUUUUGUGAAGCAGUAUUAGUGCCGCCUACAAAGUAUCGACCGGUUCGAAUCUUUAAAGGCGAUAAAUUUGAAAAUCCACAAAGUGUUAACCUUCGGAAAUUAUUGGAAGCUUCAGAAACAAUUCGAGCUAUUCGUUUAGCAUUGUCUGGGAACAAUGAAAAAGCUCUUUUGAAUUUGGUAUCAGAAAACGUUCUUGGACAAACAAUGCAAGCCAAGAUGCACAAUGCAUAUUUGACACUGCAGCAACGAAUGGGAGCAAUUUUCGAUCAAGAUCUGGAUAAAUGGACAGAUGUAAGGGUUCAGAUCCCUGGUAUCAAACAAAUUUUAGAGAAGAAGCAGGGUUUAUUCCGUAUGAACAUGAUGGGCAAACGUGUUAAUUUUGCAUGUCGUUCUGUGAUUACCCCAGAUCCCUAUCUAGAUAUCGAUGAAAUUGGUAUACCUGAGCCUUUUGCGAAAAAACUUACUGUUACUGAAACUGUAAAUGCCAUGAAUUUGGCUAGAUUACGAAAAAUGAUCAAAAAUGGUCCAGAUUUCCAUCCUGGUGCCAACUUUAUUCAAAAACCAGGACGAUAUACACAAGUUCUCUCAAUAAAUAAAGCAAAUGAGCGCAAUGCGGCUGCAAAGCGCCUUCAACCUGGUAGCAGCUCACAACUUGGUUAUCCUCUUCAGGUUUUACGACAUCUGGAUAAAGGUGAUUUAAUGUUAAUGAAUCGGCAACCAUCCCUGCAUAAACCGUCAAUGAUGGGUCACAGAGCUCGAGUGCUUAAAAGUCAGCAAGCAUUACGCAUGAAUUAUGCACCCUGUAAAGCAUACAAUGCUGACUUUGAUGGUGAUGAAAUGAAUGGACAUUUUGUGCAAAAUCGAAUUGCGCAGACCGAGCUUGCAGAAAUUGUUAACGUCGGAUCGAAUUUUUUGGUACCAAAAGAUGGAACACCCUUAUUGGGUCUGAUCCAGGAUCAUGUAGUGUCGGGAGUUUUGUUAACUAUCCGUGGGCGGUUUUUUAAUAAAGAAGAUUUUAUGCACUUGGUACUCUCGGCGUUCGCUGAAACUACGCAACGGUUGGUCAUUCCACCUCCAACUAUGCUAAAACCUCAGGUUUUAUGGAGCGGAAAGCAAAUAAUCAGCACAGUAUUAAGAAAUUGUAUUCCUCUGCAUAAACCACUUCUGAAUAUCAGGAGCAAGGCCAAGACGCCACUUUCAUGUUGGAAGGUUGAGGAUCAUCCUGCACCGAAGUUCAGUAUGAGUGAGUCAGAAGUUAUCUUCAGACAAGCCGAAUUAUUAGUAGGCGUAUUAGAUAAGCAGCACUAUGGUAGUACACAGUAUGGAUUAAUACACUGUUGUUGGGAUCUUUAUGGUCAUCGAUAUGCGACAAGAAUAUUAAGCUGUUUCUCGCGUCUCUUUACAACUCACUUGCAGUAUCAUGGGUUUACUCUUGGCGUGGCAGAUAUUCUUAUCCGGAAGGAAGCAGAUAAGCAGAGAAAGAAAGAGAUCAAAGCGCUUCGGAAAUGUGGUGAUACUGUGGUUAGAGAAUGCUUCAAUUUGGAUGAAAAUGCGGAUGAGUCGGAAAUAAAGUAUGUAAUGGCAAGUGCAUACUGUAAUCCGAAAGGUGAGCAAAAUCAUAUACAGCAAUUGGAUUACAAGAUGAAGGAAACAUUAAACCGAUUCAAUGAAAGGAUAAAUAGUGCCUGUAUGCCGGCAGGAUUGAUAAAACUCUUCCCACAAAAUGCAUUGCAAUUAAUGAUACUUUGCGGUGCUAAAGGUACAAUGGUCAAUUCGGUUCAGAUAAGCUGCGAACUGGGUCAGAUUGAAUUGGAAGGACAUCGACCACCGAUGACGAGCGCAGGGCGUACACUGCCAUCUUUUCGUUCUUUCGAUACUUCGCCUCGUGCUGGUGGAUUUGUCGAUCAACGGUUUUUGACAGGCAUUAAUCCACAGGAACUGUUCUUCCAUACCAUGGCUGGCCGAGAGGGCUUGAUUGAUACGGCUGUUAAAACAUCUCGAUCUGGUUACCUGCAACGUUGUAUCGUUAAGCAUUUGGAAGGCUUAGUGGCGCAAUACGAUUCGACUGUACGUGACCACGAUGGUAGUAUUAUCCAGUUUCGGUAUGGCGAAGAUGGAAUGGAUGUUUGUAAAAGCACAUUCAUGAACUCGGAGCAGUUCGAUUUUCUGGCCGAUAACAUGCAAGUGUUACGUUCGUGUAUACUGCCGGUAGAUUAUAACGAAGAUCAAUGGGAUUUGAAGAAGUGUGAAAAAGCGUAUAAAAAGAUCAAAAAAUGGCGUCGGAAAUACGGCUUGAACGAAAGAAAAAUAUAUACGAGUGGUUAUGUGGAGUUCUCCAAGGAGUAUCGAGGAACGCCGAAAGAAAAAAUUCAAAAGAUGUGGUUUGAAUUAACUGAUGGCGAGCGUUAUGAGUAUCAUAGCAAGGCUGGUAAAGCUUGCCCAGCUGCUGUUGAUGAGAAGAUGAAUCCAAAUCGUUGUUUGGGUGCUUUGCCACAAAAACUUCUUGACGAUAUAGAUGAAUAUAUAGGCAUGAAGUCAGUUACUGGUGCUGAUAUCUCGCUUGACACUUUUCGCAAAUCUUUAUACUGGAAAGGAAUGCGUUGUCGGGUGGAUCCUGGUGAAAAUGUCGGUUUGUUAGCGGCUCAGUCUAUUGGUGAGCCUUCAACUCAAAUGACACUAAACACUUUUCACUUUGCUGGAAGAGGUGAAAUGAACGUUACUUUGGGUAUUCCCCGAUUGCGCGAAAUUUUGAUGACUGCUAGUAAUGACAUCAAAACACCCAGUGCAGAAAUUCAUAUAAAGCCGGGAACAUCUUCGGAACGCAUUGAAGCUAUCAAGAGAGAGCUGGGUCGGAUUUAUUUGAAAGAAUUAAUUAAAAAGUUUACAAUUGAUGAACGCGUUAAUCUUGAUGAAAAAGAAAGCUGGCGCUGUUACGACCUUCAUAUUGAACUACUAAGAACGAAAGAAAGAAGUAAAUGUAUCCGACACAUAUCGCGUCGUCGUAUAUUGGCUGAAGUAGAAUGUCGGUUUGCAAAAGCAAUUGGGAAGCGUAUUUCUGACCGAUGCAGAGAGAUGACUGAUUAUCAGGCAUUACAACAUAAAAAAUUGAAGUUGCGAAAUUUGACCAUUGGUAUUGGAGAAGAAACACCAAAACCCAAGAAGCAGGAUGAUGAAUUGAGUAGUGAUGAAGAAGUUGGCGGAGGGAUUGAUCUAGAUGCUGAAGGAAGUCGUAUUUUGAAGCGCCACUUAGAUGAUGCUGCGGAAUACGAAGGUGAAGAAGAUGAACAACGAGUUGUUCUACCGCAACAAAAAGUUGAGGACACUUUCAUGGAAAUUUCAACCGAAAGUGAAGAAGAAAACACAGAAACAACAGCGGAACGAGACGAAGACGUAAAUGAUUCUUAUAAUGCUGGACGAUUAAGAUCUCAGGAAGCAGAAACUUCUCGUAUACAGAAUGUUAUUGCAUCAUCACCUUUGAUAAGAGACUACAAAUUCGAUGUGAAAAGUAAUCGAUGGUGUACUAUCAUCUUUCAGUUACCGUUGAGCACCAAAACAAAAUUAGAUGUAGGAGCAUUGGUUGAAAGAGAACUGGAAAAUUUUCUAGUCUGGGAAACACCAGGUAUUGAAAAAUGUAUUAUUCGCUGUGAAAAUCGUGGUGAUGAUCGAUACCAAAUUUUGGCUACGCAAGGUAUCAAUGUACAGGCACUGAUGAAACAUUCAGAUGUGCUUGAUGUUAAUACAUUAUAUUCUAAUGAUCUGAACAUGAUAUGUUCUAAUUAUGGUAUCGAAGCAUGUGGUCGAGCUUUAGUAAAAGAAAUAAUCCGUGUUUUUACACCCUACGGAAUCGAUAUCAAUUGGCGACAUUUGACACUUGCGGCUGAUUAUAUGACGUUUACAGGGAGAAUUCAACCGUUUAGUCGUGGUGCAAUGAGUUUAAGUACCUCACCGCUUCAACGAAUGACUUUUGAAACAACGGUUGCAUUCAUGCGUGAUGCUCUUAUAAAUGGUGACGAUGAUUAUUUAAUGUCUCCAUCGUCAAGAUUAGUAGUUGGUGGACUAUUGCGUGGUGGUACCGGUAUUUUUGACGUUAUGUUAUCUAAGCUUAAUAUUUUAACUGCUCAUAACAAAUUUUAA